AUGGCAGAAAAACUGAAAAACCCGGUAAGCGAAUCUGGGUCACACCCUGACCCAGAGGAUGAUCUUGAUUAUGAGACCAGACUGUCAAACGCUGCAGCAGACGCCCUACAGGAGUUCUUUUUGGAGCGGGAGUUAGAAGAUGAGCGACUGGCUGAGGCUCAGAUGGGACACAUCACAGAUUUUCAGCCACAGGAAGAUUGGCAACUGAGCCAGUUUUGGUACGAUGAUAAAACAGCAGAGAUACUGGCCAGGGAAGCUUUGGCUGUCGCUGGAGAAUAUGGACGCAUAGCUUGUGUUAGCUCGCCAACUGUGUACAGAAAACUGGUGGGCCUAAAGUCUCUAAAUGUGGAAGUUAAAUGCCUGGAGUAUGACAGAAAAUUUGAGAUGUUUGGAAACGACUUUAUCUUCUAUGACUUCAAUGAGCCCCUGGACCUGGAUACCUGCCUGAAGAACCACUUUGAUGUUGUGAUAGCCGAUCCUCCAUUUUUGUCGGAGGAAUGCCUAACGAAGACAGCUCUUACACUCAAGUAUUUGGCAAGAGACAAGAUAAUAUUGUGCACAGGUGCUGUCAUGGAAAGCCUGGCUCUGAAACUGCUGAAUGUGUCACCGUGUGAAUUCAGGCCUACCCACCAGAAGCAGCUACAGAACGAGUUUUUGUGUUACACCAAUUACGAGAGUGAAACGCUGAACUCAGGAAACUGA